AUGAGCACCAGCGAAAGAGUACUCCAGAACAACCACCUCCGGCAUCGCGAAGGACUGACGACCGUCAGUCAUGACUGGACCAUGGUCAAGGCUGGUAGCCUUGUUGAGAAACAGACCCUCGUCACUAUUGAUGCUGAUGCCACAGUUGAGGACGCCUGCGAGGUCCUGCUGAAGAACGGAAUCACAUCGGCACCGGUAUACGACAGCGUCAAGAAGUUGUACGUGGGGAUGUUUGAUUACGGCGACUUGAUGACGUACCUGUUGUUACUCCUCAAGAAGAUGGAUGUGCCGCUUGAGGACCAGUCCUUGGAGAUGCGGGACCUUAUUCAGCGGACUAGCCGGUCCCAGAACGUCCCCGUCAAACUUGCUUCAGCUCACGGAGAUUUGUCGGGCAAGGAUCCAUUUUGCACGGUGCUGGAAGAGACGAGAUUGGGUGCUGUUGUACAUGACUUUGGCACAGGCAUCCACCGAGUCGCGGUUAUGGAUGCAGAGGGAAACAUGAAGGGCAUCUUGUCCCAGUCGUCUACUCUGGACUAUCUCAUGCGUCAUCUGAGCGAAUACCCUCAACUCCAGCCUGUGAUGCAAAAGAGUCUCCAACAGUGCGGUCUUUCGAACGGCAGGGUGCUCUCGGUCAAUGGCGAUGAAAAAGUCCUCGAUGCCCUUAUCAGCAUGAGCACUAAUAGCGUAUCGUCGCUUGCUGUGCUGGACGAGCAAGGGGUUCUCCUCGGAAACAUCAGCAUGACCGACAUCAAGCAUAUUAUGAAGAAUUUGAGAACAUCAUGGUUGUGGAUUACAUGCUUCCAGCUAGUGUGCAAGAUCCGUCUCUCCCAGGGCGUCGAAAGUGGGGAGGACCAGUACCCUGUGCUGGAUGUGAAUGCAAAGUCGACGUUUGGAUAUACGUUGUCGAAGCUGCAGGCGACCAAGGCCCAUAGGAUGUGGGUUGUGAAUGAUAGUGGGUGUGCUGUGGGUGUUGUUUCUCUGACGGAUGUGUUUCGUGUCCUUAGCCGGUUGAUUGAUACCGACGAUUGA